UAUUUCGAGCGACUGGCAGCCAGAAUCUCAGAGCAGCGCGACCGUGCCGAGGCGGAGAGAAUGAAAGAGCUGAGGAACAAGCUGGAACAAGAAAAAGAGGAAGCCCUUCAGAACCAGUGGGAGGAGUGUGAGCGGCUAAAGGAGAUCGCCAUAGAGGAGGCGUGCGCCGCGCUACACAAGAGGCUGAGGAACGAGUUCGCUGUGGAGAGAGAGCAGGCGGUAGCUGAAGCUUUGAAGAAGGCCAGGGAAGCGUUCAAGAAGCGAGAGCAGGAGGUAAUAGAGAGAACCCGGAGAGAGUGUGAGGAGAAGGCACGGCAGGAGGCAGAGAGAGUUGCUGCCCUUCACAAAGCGGAAGUGGAUGGCUUGAAUCUGAGAUACGACAUUCUUGAUCGAAAAUACCGUAAAGAGCUCGCUCACAAGGAGAGACUGGAGCGGGAUUUUAGGGGUUUACAAGACGACUACAAACGGUUCAUGGACUACACAGACGGCCGCUUCCACUCGGACUACCUGAUGAGGCUGAGACACCUGGGCAUGAGGCUGGCAGAGAAACAGAUCUCCACAGUCACGUAUGAGGACAUCGAGCCGCUCACCACGCUGCCUCACAUAUGUACAACAACAGCCGGGCACAGUUACACCAAAGAGGCUAUACAGUACACAGAGUUUCUGUGUUCCAAGAAUCACUGUCAACAGCAUUACUACUGUAACAACGACCAAUCUCCACAGCUUAUUUGAAAUAAAUGUCAAUGAUUAUAUUAAGGAAA